UGCUGAACAUCAGGUGGUGUCCGCAAAGACAGAGCGCGGUCAACGAGAAUUUAUUGGGGGGACCGUAGCAGCACGCCAGGAGGCCAAGGAAAGACAGUGCAAACUCGCAUAGGGAGAAAGAAGAGAAGCCGCCGCGCCUCAUCUUCGCUUUCUUCUCGCAGAGUAGGAGGGCUAGUACGCAGGCGGAGCGCUCCGUCAGACAGGAAGGCUACUUUCACCAGAAGACACUUCCGUCAUCCAGCAUGCCGGCGACCACAGCAGAGACGACGCAACUAGCGUCGACCACCGUCAUCGUCCAUCCACUCGUCUUGCUCUCCGUCACUGACCACGCGGCGCGGUCCGCAUCAGGCGCGCGGAAGCGCGUCGUCGGUGUGCUACUCGGGCAGGACAAUGGCAAGGUGGUUAAUGUCGCGAACAGCUUCGCCGUGCCGUUCGAGGAGGAUGACAAAGACCCUAAGACGUGGUACCUGGAUCACGACUACAUUCAGGCGAUGAAUGAUAUGUACAAGAAGGUUAACGCUCGCGAAAAGAUGAUUGGAUGGUACCAUACCGGCCCGCGGUUACGAGCGUCAGACCUGGAGAUCAACGAGCUGAUGCGACGCUUCAUCCCGCGACCCGUGAUGGUGAUCGUUGACCCGCGGCAACGCGACGUCGGCAUCCCGACCGAUGCGUACUUUGCCGUCGAGGAGAUCAAGGAUGAUGGGACGGCGACGCAGCGGACGUUCAUGCACGUCCCCUCGGAGAUCCAAGCAGAGGAAGCAGAGGAGAUCGGCGUCGAGCAACUGCUGCGGGAUAUACGCGACACGACCACCGUCGGCACGCUCUCCACCCGCGUCUCGUCACGCCUCGCCUCACUGCGCGGCCUGCAGAGCCGCCUGGUCGAGAUCAGGGACUACCUCUCCUCUGUCGUCAAGGGCGAGCUGCCCGUAAACCACCAGAUUAUCUAUGACCUGCAGGACAUCUUCAACCUCCUCCCCGACCUCGACAAGAGCGACAUCUCGCGCAGCUUCAGUAUCGCGAACAACGACCAGCUCCUCGUCGUGUACCUCAGCAGCCUCAUCCGCAGCGUCAUCGCACUACAUGGCCUCGUCAAUAACCGCAUGGAGAAUGCCAGGGGUGAGGACGAAGAGGUGGAUGGCGACAGCGCUUCUGGCACAGACAAGGACGUUGGGGCUAAGGAGAAAGACGGCGCUGGGAAAGUCAGGGAUGCCAAGGCGGGUGCAAAAGAUGGGAAAGAGGACAGCGGGAAGAAAGCGUAGCUUCCUGUAGCCUUUCCAUGUGCACGUUUUUUUGCAAGCCACCUAUUGCUACAUAUGCCAAAGCCCCGGUUCCUUCGUCUAACCGUCGCUGUCAUAGCGGAUUGGCUCACUCUUGAGCACCCACGGUGCGGGAGGCCGCGCCUUCUCCUCGCUGCCUCGUGCCUCUCCUCUAUCUGCCGCAGUGGCAUUAUCCUGUAUCCAAGCGCGCACUUGCCGCUUGUCCAUAAAC